AUGUCCAGUGUCUCGCCACCACCAUUGAACAGCGGGUACGCCUCUCCAGCUCCAACGUUGAUCAGUCCACCAGCCCCCAAGCCCAGCACACACCCCAAGCCUAAGCCUGCUAACGUCUUUUCUAACGACGGCUCCUUCCUUGAGCGUUUCCAGCGAAUCAAGAAGGAUGAGGAAGAAAAGAAGAAGGAGGAAGAGGUCCUCGCUAGGAAACGGAAUUUUGACGAGCGGUUUAAGAAAAGGGGCAAGCGCCCUCUUCCUGAUGCUGUCAACCCUAAUGCUGUCCCAGAGCCCUCUGCAAAGAAGGCGAAGGUUGACAUGCCCUUGUCUCAAUAUGAGAAGGAAGUCAAGAGUUAUACCAGUAGCUUGAAGGACGAUGGGAUUGAUCGCCCUGAUCCCUUAGUAUUGCUUUUGCAGCCCCGAAAGAGGGCUGAGAUUCGCAUGCACAUCCCCAUGGAGGUGGAGGUGGAGGUGAACGCCGUUGUCGGUAACCUGAAGAAGUGGAAGUCAGGAGGCAGAAACGGUACGCCCAUGGAAGAUGACGAAGUGGUUGAAACAUCCGACUAUGAAGAAAUUGAGGCAAUCGAGGCGCAGGAUCCGAACUACUGGACCAGUCUGCCACCACCGCAGGAGACUGAUAUUGGAAGAUCAGGCGAAGAAGCUCGGACGCAAGGAUCUCUGAAGCCUGUGGCGCAUAUUUUAGAAAGGCAUAUUGCAGAUGAACUGCUGCUAGGAGGGGUGCUACACGAGCCUCCCCGAAAACGGUUGAAGUCAUGCAUAUGCAUCUCUUCCAUCUACCCCAAUUCGGGCACCGCAAAUGAGGGCCAGCGAUUUCAACGCAAACUCCGCACCCUCUUCGCCAAAGCCACGGCGCUGGCCACACGCGACCAGGCGCAGCGAUUACUGUCUCUGGGAGUGGCGGGGUCAGUUCCAACACACGUCGAAAUCACGCUGGCGCAAGAAUCGGCCCAGACGGAGGGCCGCUACUCUCUUCGUGCUCGUCAAGCUCGACAAAAGAAUCCUUAUGCAUAUGAUAAGGCCCUUUAUAAGCGUCAGAUGCGUGCUAACCCCGAUGCAAUUGUCAAAAUGGUUAGCCCACAGCGGGCAAGACGACAUCACAGAUCGAAAAGCAGAGGGGAGGUGUCCGGUAGUGAUAGGGAUACGGAAGACGAGUACGUGGCCGAGGAUGACUCGGACCAACAUGUUCAGGCCGAGGGUUCCAAGCACCCGAGGUUCAAGGGGAAAUCGCAUAGUGUCCGUGUAGACACUGCGAUUGGAGUGUCGAAUUUCUCUCCUCCACGACAUCCCCACGGAUCAAUGCGGCAUACACUCGCGGCGGAUGGUACGCGACCUGAAGUGUGGUACCCGGACGCCUUCAACGAGACGUUCAGUAGUAGCAGUGGAGAUGAAGAAGACCUUAUAGCACUCUUACCUGUGUCGAUGAAGGCGAAAAAACAGCAAAGAGCGGCGAAAAAGCCGCGCAAGAUCAGGCCGUUCCCCAUGAAGAGACAAAACGUGACCCCACAUUCCUCAGAAGGUCAACACAUCUCUCCAGUUCAGUCAUUCUUCCUUGAACUUUGGCGUUCGAAAACUUACCACUUCAAUCUUCGUAUAGCUACACGGCGCCGGCGAUCGACCUCCACAAUUCCUUCGGUUGCGUCUAUGCCCAGCUCCCCUACCUCCCGCCACGCAAUCUCACCUCUACGGGAGACUCGACAUGAUUCUAUUCCGCCUUCGGGGAGCCCAGAACCACCCCCUCCCUCAUCGACACCCAUCGACUUUGGCCUCCUUACUCCCACCUUUGAUCAUAAUCUGUCACAGAGUCCCUCUGAACCUGAGGUAGACAUUUCUGUCGAGCUAGAACGCUCGCAUCGACAGGGUUCCAGUGAGAGCAGUGCAGAGUCUUCCGUCGAGCUCAUGUCGGCUAAGGAUCGCCGGCGGCUCAAGGCCUUACAAAAGAUGAUGCCCCGAGUCCUUAUCGAACGACAUCUCCACAAUGCCAGCGCACCGCGUCAUGGCAACGCCACCGGUGGCCAUGACUAUGACAGUGACGAAGGUGGUCCGUUGCGGCCUGGACAGUCGAGAAUCCGCAUUCGUAGCCCAACGAGUAGGAUGGCCAUCGAAGUUCGAGGAGAUUCGGAAAGCUCUGAUUCAGAGGUAUUAGAACAGAAUUUCAAUUCUACUUCCUCCGAGUCAGAGAUGGACGUGGUGGUUCCCCGCCUGGGGAAAUCUCCCACGAAAACAUCCUCUAGAGCAGAGGCAGAGGAUGAGGGCGGAGACGACAGCAUAGUCGACGAAACUGAUAUUGGUCAUUGGGCAUCAGGGAGAGUCAUUCCUUCACGCCACCUCGCUCACGACGAAGUUAGAGAAGAGUUACGGGCGGUAAAGCCCGUCGAAGCCGACAGCACCGCAGGGUGCGGAGAACAGCUUCACCGCUGGCGCAAGAAAAAGGGGGACUGGUCACCAAACCACUUUGUCCUUCCCGGCGCCAGGCUCUCAAGAGUGUUCCAGACCGGCCGUCUCUGGCACUCAGGUGAAGGGCAUGCCGACGACAGGCAAGAGGGAUCCACAGCACAAGUGGUCAAGGCGCGCGCGCGCAAGAAGCAGCGAAAUCCAACCGGAUUAUUUGUCUUUGCUUCUGGCGGUCGUCUUGCUACUGGGAGGACACACGACCAUCCAAUCACGAUAGAUACUGAAGUUGAUGAUAUGGCCAAAACUCAUCGAAACGGCCUGCGCACUACUAGUAUGGCUAGUCACCAUUCCAGGUCCCGUGUAAAGCCGCUUACUGAUGGUGCAACCUCUGCCGCCGAAGCGACUUUGGACGACUAUUGGCCUAUCAUUGCCGAUAUGCAUCAAGCGCCUCAUGCAGAUGCUCCCAGCGCUCGUCGAGAUGGCUAUUUCGAGUCACACCGUAUCACACUCGAUUUCGAGAUACCUCUAGUGCCACCAGGGAUCACCUUUGGCCCAGACAGCUAUCUUGGUCGCGGUUGUCUCCACGAACUGGCCAUGCUCAUAACAGAUCACAAUAAUCUCACAUGUCCCCGUGCUGUUUCCUAUUCCGACGCCCAUUUCCAACCGAGUAUGUCCGUCCAAGCGUUCUUGGCGUCACUGCAAAGAUUGUACGACAAUGCACACGACAUUAUAGUGCAGAAAAGGGACCUUGCUCUGGAGGAUCUCCGCCAGUGGCAGGAGUCAUUACACUCUGCAGCGCAACAUAUAUCAUGGCUUCUCGGACGAUCCUCUGAAACCGACAGAACUUCAUUUAGCGACUCAUUGGACGCUCACCUCGACAACGUCCGUUCUUUCUUAGACGCACCUAUCGACAUCAUACCGGAAGAUGAACCACCGCAUCUCCUGAUGCUUGAGCUGCGCUGGUUCUCGGCAGAAGCUGUCUUCCGGGUUACGUGCUUCAAAAAGCACGAAUCUAGGCGGUCAGAUCUCAAAGUACUACUGCAACGCCUACAAGACUUGGUUCGCGACCUCGUGGGAUGUGGCUUCUCAGAUCUAUUACAGCCUUUCACUGGAGACCACGACAAGGACGAGAUGAGCGAUUAUAUCGCUCGUAGGAUCGCCGAAUUCUGGAUAUGUAUCAUUCAUAUCACGGACGCGGAGAGAUUGGCUGACCUUGUCAGCGAAGACCCCUCAGAACUCACAUCAUUCUGGUCGGUGGUACUCCAAGGUGUUCGGGACGCGGGACUUUUGCGCAACACCCCCCCAGAUAUCGUUGCCAGCGAGACAAUCUGGAAGGCCGUUUUCACGCUGUGUAGUCUAUCGCAAUGCUCGAUGCAGGGAGUUUUCAUGACGGCCCCUCGUUUGCAAGCUUCAUGGGACGUCGUUACUACCGCUUUGGAUCGGGUUCGUUUAUCAGCAGAUCCUGCAUCAGAUGCAAAUUUACCCAAACGAAGCUUACACAAACGCGAUGAAUAUAUCCGGAUACUGGUGUCACGAUGCCUCAUACUUUGUCUCAAAUGGCGAUGGUCCCUGGGUGAUGCUUCGGCGCUGUUCAGCCGUCUGCUCGAGAUCUUUAAGAGUCGCCGUUUUGCUAACUUAUCGGACGAACCUCCAGACUUCCCCAGCUUUCUCCGCCAUAAUAACCUCCAACUACUCUCAGAAAACAAACGCAGUGAUACUGCAUUCACCCUGCUGCUGAAGCUUGUUGUCAAUGCUGCGAGAGACAACCGCUAUGCGAAUGAAAGCGAUCACCGACAAAGUAUAUCCCCCAAAGUCAAGAAGCUAUUGUCUCUCUGUGUCCCCGUCGGGUCUGUUCCUUUCACCAAGAUUAGCCCUCCUACUCUUCAGGACCUCUCCUUGUUAUACAAUCGCUUUAGUGCAGUCGCGAUUGCUAUCCUUCUCGAGCCCUCGGCGGCAAACCUCAAAUUCCGAAUCUCCAAUGCUCGUCGAUAUGUCAAUUUCAGGGAAACGGAUCAUGAAACACGUCGGGCCUGUAUUCGCGGCCUCAUGCAUUUAACAACAUUGGUGCAGCACCUUCAGCUACCGUUGAACGAGCUGCUAGAUUGGCUGGCGGAUCUGACAAACAUACUCUUGGACGAAUAUCAACACGAGAAAGUGGCCGGGAAUGCUACAAGCUGGGUAGUUGUCUCUAUACAGAUGUUGCUCGGAUGCGUCCGCCGAAUCAUCGAGACCCCUUUGAUGGAUCCCACCAAGAACAACACGCGGUAUCCGGAACCGGCGUUCUUAGAGGGACCAUGGGUGACCAGAAUAUUCUCUGCACAAAGCAAUCUGACUGCAGUUGCGACCACAAGGACGGAGAUUCGUAAACUUGUACAGGCCUUCUUAAACGUCAGGGCGACAGUCAUUCCGAAGCCGCCUCGCCCGCGCCCUGCCUCCGAGGAGAGUCAAGAAAGCCAAGAGGACUAUGGUGACUUCGACUUGAACCUCGACGAUCCUGAGUUACUUGCCGCACUUGGUGACCCAAGCCAAUCCAUCGCAGCCCAGGAGAAUAAGACCAAGGACAAGGCCGUGGCGGAGAUCAUCGACAAACAUAUAUCUCCUGCUAUCUACCGUUUGGUUUGUACGCAUUUCAACGAGUCCGGAGCCAAUACUGGCUUUGAGACAUUUAGUCAAGACGCGGAUGCUUGGGUCGAAUGCUGGGUUGGCUGUGCGAGUGUAAUCGUUCAGAAUAGCCGAAGGUCAUGGGAACGCAUUAUCGACUCUUCUUGGCGUCGUAGAGUGGGCCUGCGAUUUAUGCUCUCUGUUCUUCAGCUUGAUCCUUCUGCGUAUUCAUCAUACAAAGAACGCUUCAUCGAUGUACUCCUUGAGUCGAUCGUAACAGCUAAAGUGACCAUCGAGCACGAGUAUUUGUCUCUGCUGUGGUCUAUUGAUGGAUUGCGCCAUCCUCUCUUCCGCGGCAUGCCUUGCGAGGUACCAGCUGACACGACUGACUAUAAUAUCUCCAGGAGAGAGUUCCUAGAGAACCGCUUAGCGUUCGUUGAAAGAAUGUUUGGCAACAUCGCAGAUCUCCUCCGUCGAGAGCUCGAGGGCGAACCAAACCUGAUAACGCAAAACCAGCCCUGUGUGGAGUUCAUCGUGACCAUGUUUUCGACGAUGAAAAAUAUACUCCAGAUAGAUCUGGGCUCUGAUGAGUAUUCACGGUACACUGCCUUCUGUCGCAAGAUCUAUACAUGCUUAUCUCAGUUCGGAACUCUACUCAACAACUCUCGUCUUCGUAUAAUAGUACAAUGGGUGACUGAACUAGCAUAA